AUGCCACUGACAAUCCACCACCUCGGCCGCUCGCAAUCCGAGCGCAUCGUCUGGCUCGCCGAAGAGCUCGGAAUCAAAUACGACUACGUCUUCCACAAACGCGAUCCCAUCUUCUCCCCUCAAUCAAUCAAAGACCUCCACCCGUCCGGCACCGCCCCAGUCAUUGAAGAUGACAGCUCCCCAUUCACCAAGAACAAGGUCGUGCUCGCCGAAUCUGGCGCUAUCAUCGACUACAUUAUCGCCGCGUACGGAGAGGGUCGCUUAGGGCGCACACCCAAGGACGGCGAAGAAUACGUCCAGUUCCUGCAAUGGUACCACUGGGCCAAUGCUUCGUUCCAGCCAACCAUGUUCCGCGUGCUGAUUACACGACGCUUGAGCAACGACCCGGAAGCAGUUCAUGUCAAGAUGGCUAAUGCCAAGUACGAGCUUGCGCUGUCGAUGGUUGAGACGCGGCUCGGUGAAACCGGGGCUUAUUUGGCGGGAAAUGACAUCACCGCCGCGGAUAUUAUGGCUGUUUGCACUUUGACGACGAUGAGAGGUUUCAGUCCAGUCGAGUUCGAUACGGAGAAGCAUAAACAUAUUCUAGCUUAUCUUAAGCGCAUUGGUGAUCGCCCUGCGUAUCAGAAGGCUAUGAAAAUUUGUGAGGGUGAUGAUUUCGUGCCUAUCCUCGGCCCGAAGCCGCAGCAGUUUAUCUUCCCUUACUAA